AUUAAGCGUUCGUUGAUAACAGACGGACUGUUUAGUAGAAGCUGCUCAGUAGCCGAAUAAAAUAAUCUUAUUAAGCCUUCAACGAUGACAAAACUGGACAUCAACAAUUAUGCAACCCGGAAAACACUCGCCCAGGGAAUGCUGGAUCUGGCUCUGCUCACGGCAAAUGCUGCUCAGCUGAAAUAUAUUCUAACUAUAGGUUCCGCGCAUCCCUUCUUCAUGCUACUGCUGGUAUUGGUCAUUGCUUCCAUAGUGCUCCAGGUUCUACAAGCCAUCACCAUCAUCAUUCUGGCGAUUCUUCUGGAUAUCAACAAAGUCGAGGAACAACGCAAAUCAGUGAUUUUCAACAAUGUAUUGAUGUGCCUAACAGUGUUGUCCGUUACUAUCAAUGUUGUCAUAAGUGCAUUCGAUAUGAAGAGUCAAUCUAAAGUGUUUACCAGUGAAUGAACUAAUGAUACAUUUUUUAUUCUUACGGUGUUUAUAAACAAAAAUAAGUAAUAACGCGUUUUUAGCUUUAUGGUACCAAAGCGCCAGAUUCUACUCAUUAUAGCUUUAUAGCUUAUAAAUUCAUGUUGUGUUAUACAAUAGUAUGUAGAUAAGCAAUUCAAAUCGCGAUGUGGUUAAAGAAAAAAAAUUAAAAGAAAAAAAAUGUUACUCUAUUUAUUUAUAAAUGGAGAGCAUAGCUGUGCCAUUUUCAGGCUAAAUUACAAUGCUUAUAUAGUUUCGGCGAGUCCCCGUUUCUUUUUUUAUUUUUAUUUUUAUUUGUCAAAUAAUUUCAGUUAACUCUCUGAAACUUGAAAAACUCACGAUUUAGAAGCAACCCUAUCUAAAAUUUAUAUUGUAAGCAUUGUUUUGUUUCUGAAAUUAAGCCUGUGCCUUUGUGUUAUUUAUUCGUUCUUUAACUCUGCCAAAACAUAUUCAUACAUAUGUUUUACUCCCCCUACCCUCCUUCCAACCAAUGCAUGUGCGGAGUGGUCUUAAACUAUCACAGAACCGUUUACGUAACUUGAAAACUUCAUCAGUCUAAUUUCGCUCCCUUUGCUUUGUUAGUUCUUGAAUUGUACAAAACAAUAUGAAUAAAAGCCUUUCUCAUGCUUCCAUAAAGAGGUCUUUAAUAAUCUUAGAAAAAAUUGUCGUACCGUAAUUCGGAGCAAGAUUUAACAUUUUUUUUUUUUUGAUAUUUUUCGAAGAAAUUUAUAAGACUACUUUAAAUUUGAUUAAAAAAUCUAUUCCGUUUCUGUUUAGAAGUUGAUGCUUUGGGGACAUUGAUCUGUCUCUAUUUUGACGGUGUUAACAAGUUUUCUUGAUCAUAAAAGAUACAAAACACCUUCAUAAUAUUUACAAAUGCAAGUUUAUCAAUUGCUAAGGUAGUUCGGAAGAUUUAUGAUAUUUUAAACCAAAAGAAACAAAUAAAAUAAACGCUUUACAUAUAUGUUGGUUUCUCGUCUUCAAUGACUUUCUAUUUUUUACGGUGAACGAACCUUUUUCUAAUCACUGUGAAACCAGUCCUCCUGCUGAAACAUAGCCAGCUGUUUCCAUAACUAGAUUACUUAGGUAUUAUAGGGCUUUGCUAAACACACAUACAAGAGGUCUGUUGGGCACACAUCAAUGGAUUUUAUAUGCGGAAAGCAAAAUUUAACUAAAAUGUUGUUUUAAACUUGAAUGAAUGCACCUUUCUCUAAAAAAAAGUGUCAAUAAGUAUAUUUCGAAUCAUUGGCUAACAAGUGGAAACAAUUAGGUGAAUAUUUGAUUGAGUAACAGUGCAGAAACUAGCAGAACAAAAUGAAAAAACAUGACUAUUAUGUUUGAAAGGUACAUUCAACGGUUCCCCCAGAUCUUUUGUUAAAGUAUUCGGGUAUAUCUUUAGAAUUUUCAGCCCGGAAGAUGAAGCUAAGUGUUUUCGUCGCGAAAUUUACAAAGAUCUUUUGCAAUAUUUCCUCUGCAUCCUCAGGAAACAGUCUGUUGAUAGUGCCAACUUCGGAUUAAUGAAAUGCUUUUUCCGGAAUUUUGAAUCGUGUAUUUUAGGAACGAUUAAAAUUCUCCUGAAAUAGUUGUUUAAGAUUAGCACAUAAAUCGCGAAUAAUAAUAGGAAAGAACUUACGUUUAGUGUACAUUCAAAUCCCUGUUCCCUGUACUAUUCUCAUCGGUUUCAAAUAUAAUCGCUUCCUAUAUGGACAUAAACUUAGUUAACAUGAGGUUCAUUUUAUUUUCCACAUGGUUGCUCACCGUUUGUUACUGCACCAAGUGCAACCAAAUGCAACUCCUAACCUUCACUUAAGAAACCUUCGUAAAUCUGCGCUCUGUUCGGGUAUAAUUUCUAUUAAAGGCAAUUCGCAAAUAUUACUUUAAUGUAC